AUGGUGACAUGGCCUUCUUGAUUAAGAAUAUGGUGAGCAGUCAGAUGAAGAGUUUUGGGUUCGGAGAAUCGAGUGAAGAGAAGAAGGAAGGUGGAGAUAGUUCAGACCCGGCUGCCGCUCAGGGGAUGACUCGGGAGGAGUAUGAGGAGUAUCAGAGGCAGCUGGUGGAGGAGCAGAUGGAAAGAGAUGCCAAGUUUGCCCAAAAGAAAGCAGAAAGAGCCACCCUGCGGGUACAUUUAAGAGAGAAAUACAGACUACCUCAGAGUGAAAAGGAUGACAAUCAAAUACAGAUGGCCGGAGACGACGUGGAACUGCCAGAGGAUCUCCAAAAAAUGGUGGUCGAGGACCAAGACGAAGAGGAAGAGAAGAACUCAAUAAUGGGACAUUUUCAAAACAUCCAGAAUAUGGAUAUCGAUACUAUCAAAGAAAAGGCGACGACCACGUUCACUGAAAUCAAACAGGCGGCCGAAGACAAAUGUCAGCUCAUGUAGACGGAGAUAGGCUACUUACACACUGGCGUUCAAGAGCUGCAUUUCUAAUGCGUUUCCAAUGCAGCUUACCUCCACGUGAGCAGUUAUGGAUAUACAGAUCAUUGUACCUAAUGAGACUACAUAUUUGUGGGCUACCUGCGUUUCAGUGUUUUUAUCAAAUGCUUCUUGUUCCAUCCCAGCACGUCCGACGUGCAUCAUGCAGCCGGAAACUUGCAUUCACCUCAAUGGGAGCGCAGUGUAAACGCAAUAGUAGGCGGUUAACAAGAGUUUGGGUUCAUUGGAACACAGAAAAUGCAGACUAAACGCAUUUCACAUGUCAGGCAACUACAUCAUUGAACUUUUUACUUACAGUCUACCAUGCAAUAACAAAUACAUGACAAAUGCCGGUGUGUACGUAGCCAUAGUGAUGGAAAAAUCGGAUAUAUUAUGCACAUUACCAUUGUACGCGGAGAGACGGCAACUGCAGAAUCUUAUCACACACAAUAACUAUGACAUCACUGGAUUGUGUUCAGCGUGAUGAAGAUGGUAACAAUACAAAACUGCUUGGAACACAGAAGAAAAAAAGUUUCAUAUAAAAGUUAUGUUAGUUCAUUGUCACAGGCUGACGUGCGAGCAAUAUGUUAUGUGUACUACGGUGUAAUUAUUUUAAUAAAGACCCCAUUAAAGA